AUGGCUGGUGCUGCAAAGUUCAGUUUUUCCGUGAGGAGCAUCCUGGAUUUGCCUGAAAAUGACUCAGACACAGUGCAGCCCUCCCCCGGUAACUCCUGCUCCAGCUCCCCUUACUCCUCCUGGAUGGACGGCGACCGGACCCCUUGUCUCUCUUCAGAUGAGAGCAGCCUGGAGACUGCCCCAGACUCAACCAAGUCAGAUGAGUCUUCUCCGGACUCAGAGGCCGAGAAGAAGAAGUGCCGCGUGCUCUUCUCCAAGGCCCAGACCUUCGAGCUCGAGAGGCGUUUCCGUCAGCAGCGCUAUCUGUCAGCACCAGAGCGCGAGCAGAUUGCCCAUAUUCUCCGCCUGACGCCGACGCAGAUUAAGAUCUGGUUCCAGAACCACCGGUACAAAAUGAAGAGGUCACGAGCGGAGGGAACGUCACAAGACAUAAACCAACCGUCUAUGUUGCGCAGAGUAGUGGUACCCAUCCUAGUUCGGGAUGGCAAGCCGUAUCAGACCUGUUUCAUUGACGCUGAGAAAGGAGGCGGUCUUGGACCGACCACAUUCCCGGGUACACGCUUCAUUUUUGGGUUCCAGUCUUUUCAGCAUCCGUCGCCGUUCGCUCUACCUCAACAAUAUCAGCACUUGGCCAGCCCGGCAGCAUCCAGACACAUUGCUUCGAGAGACUUUCUGAACGACUCAGCUCAAUUCGGUGCUUUUACGUGA